AUGGCUGGUCACGCUAAAGUGGUGUUAGUUCUUCUGCUCGCUGUGGCAGCAACAGCUUUUGGAAGUUGUUCUAGAUGUCCAGGUGGCUGGUCUUACUUUAAUGGACGUUGCUUCAAAUUUCAGGCUAUCAAACGGGAUUGGGCUUCUGCUGAGAGAUUCUGCCUGAAUCUCGGUGCACACUUGAUCUCAAUACACCAUGAGGCAGAAUAUCAGCAUGCCAAGUCCAUUAUUCGUGCUCAAGGCUAUGGCGAUACUCCAACAUGGAUUGGCCUUUCUAGCUGUGAGAAGGGAUUGAACUGGUUCUGGUCUGAUGGCACACAAGUGACUUUUACCAAGUGGAAUCCAGGUGAACCAAAUUCUCUACCAAGGGAAUGCUGUGUGCAUAUGAACUGGCGUCAUCGCUCUGGCAUUAAGAACUGGAAUGACAUUCCAUGUAAUCGUGCCUAUUCCUUCAUGUGUGCCAGGAGGAGUCAGUGAAAUGCUUUCAGCUGCAUCUCCCCAACAAUAACUCUGUAACUCUGUGGCAUUUUCUUAUAAUUUCAGCAAAUUAAAAAAGCUAA